AUGACAGCAGAGGAAUCGACCGCUGUGAACGGCUCAACCCUCCGAGCGCUGUGGAUGGCACUCAAGAAGAACACGAAGUUGAAGAGGCUGGUGCUGAUCGUGGAGCACAACACGCUGAAGCCAUGGAAGAACCGCUUUCGACAGUUUCACGGCCAGGUUCUCCCACCAGUUCGAGUCGAUCUGCCGGCCAAGCUCGCGUUCCUGAGUGCGACCUGCGGCGCGGUUACCAAUGGAGAGAGAGUGCUCUCUGUUUUUCAGCGACUGGACCAGCGCGCGGUGUCGCUCGUGUUUGAGUUUGCAGCUACCCGCGCGAUCCGCUCCGUGAUAAUUUGCCUCGAGCAUGAAACGAGGAUUCAGCAGCACUCAAGCUUGACAAAAGAGGAGCGUGUAUUAGCUCGAUGCAGGGGUUCUUCGCUAUUUUGGAUCAGCAGCCUUUUCCUUUCGUGCCUUCUGCGUAGUGAAUCAUUACCGCCCGACAACCGAGAGGACAAGCGCCCCCGGGUCUCCGCACCCGACACGGUCGCCUGGGACUUCCUCUCGCCCUGGUUCGAGCAGCUGAAGGGGCGUCCCCUGGUCACCUCGGACGGCUACGUGCAGGUUCUCGACCCGUGCUUCCGACCCGCCCAGAAUCGGGGGAGUGAGCCAAAACAAUACGCUACCAACGACUGGAGGACGCGUGAGGCGCUGGAGCUGCUGGUAGUACGCGGGAAUGACACCUCCCCAUUUGAGGAAAUGUUUCGGUUCGCGUGCGAGCGCGACCGAGAGGUGCCGCUAUCGCCUCGUUUCCGGUUCCAGGUGGAGGUGGGGAACCAGAAACCUGGCGAGUUGUCGCCCGUGACCAAAUGGAGAAACUUUUUCCUCUCGCACACUUCAGACUAUAGGCCUAGUCCGGAAUUCUUGGAGGCGAGACAGCGGAUCUUGACGAUGCAAGACGAGAAAUUUAUGAUACACCCGCGUGUGCCGCGAUCCAUAGAGGUCCCGGUCUCUCUUGACGUUGGUAGUGGCGGGUACGGGCAAAGCAACGCUGAAUUUGUUGGGCAUAUGUGGGAGCUGCAGAAGCUGAUCAACGACAUGAAGAGCUACCACGCACUACAAGUUGGCAAUGUCAAUCAGGACUUGAAGAGCAUUCGUGACUGCGCGAGGGCAUUUACCUACCGGUUGGAUUUGCUUUCGGUCCAGAUUGUCCGAGUGGAUAUGACGGAGGCGUGUGUGGAAAGUGUGCUCCGAGUGCUUGGUACUGGAAUCCGGAUUGAAACAUUGGAAGUGAAUGCGUACCAUGACCUGGCCAGCCUGUGA